AUCUAUACAAUCAUACAUAAUACAUCAUCAUGGGACUCAAGAAAAUGUUUCAAAAGAAAGAGCCAACUGAGGCUGAGUUGAGGGAAGAUUUAAACCGGGCUGGGAUAUCCACUAAAUCCACUAAUGGACGUCAAGAGAAGUUCGGCGCAUUUAAGAACUAUGCUCAAGAGCGGGCCCUGAUGAAGCCAGGUUUUGCUCCUGUUAACAACCCAUAUGCUAAUAUAUGUCAGCCAGGUGGUCCUGGUCCAGCAAACCCCUAUGCCAACAAUGUAGGCACUGAUGGUGCUCUGCUGAGUCCAUAUUCUCAACAACAGCAACAACAGAGUCCAUAUUCUCAGCAAAGUGCCUAUUCCCAGCCACAACAAUCAAAUCCUUACGGAGCGCAACGUUUGGCAAACCAACAACAAGGAGCUUAUGGUGGUAGUUCCCGAGAAGAUCCAUACUCUCGCCGUUCGAGCAGAACAAGACCAGACGAUACCGAGUCGCUUGACUUGAACGCUAUCCCCACUCAUCCAAUGCACGCCAGUCGUAAACCAGUAAGGAAGUAUCUCCCGGAAGACGAUGAUUUAAACCUCGAAGAAGAAGAAGAUCUUAAUUUGGAUAUUGAACCGGAACAAGAACAAGUUAAUUCUGAAGAUGAGGAAAUUGAAGCCAUUAGACAGGAUAUCCGAUUCACCAAGCAAGAAAGUGUUCAACUGACCAGAAAUACUCUUCGUAUGGCACAGGAAGCAGAUGCAUCUGGUACCAAUACCCUUGGGAUGUUGGGAUCACAAUCAGAAAGAUUGUAUAAUGCUGAACAAAACUUAUUAUUGGCAGAUACACAAACCAAGAUUGCUGAUGAAAAAGUUAAACAAUUGCACCGAUUAAAUAGAUCAAUUUUUAUUCCUGCUUCAGGUAAUCCCUUCAACAAGAAGGCAAGAUUAAGACAGCAGGAGGAGAAAAUCAAAGCACAAAAGGCUCAAGAAAAGUAUCUUCGUGAAUCCCAUCGUCUGGAAAUGUAUGCCAGUGAACAAAGAAUUAAACAAGGGAUCACCACUAAUGCCACUAGUUCCGACGUGUAUGCCAAAUACCAAGGUGAAAAGGAUUUACAGGCAGCUCAAAGAUAUCAAUUUGAAAAUGAUUCUGAAGAUGACGAAAUGGAAAAGGAAAUUGCUGGCAAUUUGGAUCAAAUUGGUCAGUAUACCAAGAAAUUGAAUCUGAUGGCUAAAACCAUGGGUAAAGAAGUUGAAAGUCAAAAUGUUAGAUUAAGAAAGAUUGAAGAGGAUGCCGAUAGAUUGGAUAUUAAUGUUCAUAUGAAUAAUACUAGAUUAAGUAAUAUUAGAUAGGCUCAUAUUAAUUAAUUUACGUUGAUUAGUUACAAUGACAGUAUAGAGUCAGUAAUAGUGUAUCAAGUCGUUAACUGACACACGUGUACAUCCUUGAAAGGCUAUAAUAAAAGUACAGAUCUAGCCAACUGAUAUGUGUGGUCUAAUCUGAUCGUCUACUUUACUCGUAAUCAAAUACGAAUUGUACCGUGCGGCGCAAAAAAAAUACUUCCCCCCUUAGAUUAUGCGGGUAGAGAUUCAAGAGGCUUAUGUACGUUAAUGCCGGAAGAUUGUGCCAUCUCGUUUAGCUUACGAUAGCUAUUGUUGCCGACAGGAAAGUAUAAAUUCAAUUUAGCCAAUUAUGGUUAAGUCUAUUUCUAUUUCGCUUAGCGUUUCCAUAUAGUUACUUAUUAUAUAUAGGAAAUCCAGAUUAGAU